AUGUAUCAUUACGACAAUCACAAUCAUGUGAACGUUCCAAAACAAAGGCGCACUUUUUGCAAAAAGUGCAAGGUCCACAAGCCACACAAAGUAACUCAAUACAAAAAAAGUAAGGAAAGACAUGCUGCCCAGGGUAGACGUCGUUAUGACCGUAAACAACAAGGUUUUGGUGGACAGACUAAGCCUAUUUUCAGGAAGAAGGCCAAGACUACCAAGAAAAUUGUAUUGAGGAUGGAGUGCACUGAAUGCAAAUACAGAAAACAAAUUCCACUUAAACACGUAACUUUAGAAGACAAACGAAAAAUAGAUUACCUUCAUCAUCCUUGA